UAAUGAUAUGGACACGGCAUCAUAAUUGUUUUCUGGUCAAGCAUGGUUUCUAUGAAUGAAUUAAAAUCCCUUUUUUUAUUUUAUUUUCCUUUAUUACGUAUAAUUUUGUCUAAUUUACCAUUUUAGUUUCCGCAGAAUCAUUUUCCCCAUCAGAUGUUUUGUAAUCUUUCUGAACCAUCAAAUUCUCUCCGCUUAUCUCUGGGAAUUACUCGUCAACAAAACUCGUGUUCUUCUGCAAAUUUUUCAGAGACAUGGUAGGAAGAAGCUGCAGCUUGAAUAUGAGCGGUGUUGUGUCCAUCGAUCUUAGGAUAGCUCUUUAUGAGAUGAAGGAAGAUGUUCAGAGACUCCAAGAAGAGUUAGAUGCAGAGAGAGAAGCGACUGCCACGUCAGCGAGCGAAGCCAUGUCAAUGAUUCUUAGGCUUCAAGGAGAGAAAGCAGCGCUGGCUAUGGAAGCUAGCCAGUACAAGAGAAUGGUCGAGGAGACAAUGACGCACGCUGAGUUGUCUCUGGAGCUUUUGGAGGAUCUUAAUUACCAGAAAGAAGUUGAAAUCAAGAAUCUUGAGUGUGAGUGCCAUGCCUACAGGUGCAAGCUUUCGAGCUUGGGAUGCAGUGGAAUUGAUGAUGAUGACCAUAUGAGAUGUUGCGAUAGAUCUCAAACGCCAUCUCCAGACCCGAUUGAUGUAGAUCAUUUGGUUCCUGUGGAGAAAGGAGUCAUUGAGCAGAGCUUGGAUUCAUCAAGAGGACACCAGGAGAAAAACUUAGAUUUGUAUUGGGAACAGGUCAAGAAACUUGAUGAGCAGUUAAAAGAGCUUAAGAAUCUUAAGAGCUUGAAUGUGUCUGAAACUAAGAAUGGAGAAAAAGGUGAAGCUAACAUCCAAGAUAUAGUUCCAAUGCAGAAAGUUAAGGGUUUGUGUAAGCCUGAUGUUUUGGUGUCUAAGAAAUCAUCUAAAAAGAAAAGAGACAGAAGCUUAAAGAGAGACCAUGCAAAAGCAACUUGCUCUGCAAAUGAUGCAGAGUAUCAAGCCGAUUUGCAGCGUUUGAAAGAGAGGGUAGAGAGGCUUGAGAAGGAGAGAUGCAACACAGAGCCUCAAGCUAGUGAAGUAAAGCAAGAACAAGAAGAGUUAAGUCCUGUGCAAGCUCAUGAAAUGAAGAGUUCAAGGACAAGUCAGAAGUUAUUUCCUUGUUAUGACUCAGCUAUUGUCUCUGUCCAAGAGGCAAUGCUUUACUUCUGGCUAUGAGACACGUGGCCGCAUUAGAGCGAGUGAGAAUACACUAAACAAGACUUCUACAAAAUAGGAAGAACGUCUUUGAUUUGAUUGAAGAAUAUACAAAACUUGAGAACCUUAUGGUGUGUGUCACACUUAUAAGAUUAGUUAAAGCGUGUGAUUAAGAUUGUAUUUGCCUUUGUUUUGUUUGCUUGAAGUGAGAUCCACUUUUUUUUCUGUAUACCUUGAGCCUUUGAGAAACAAAUGUUGUUCUGUUUUCAAGAUCUUUCAUGGUUUUGAUCUUCGUGGAAAAGAAGGAUGAAAGUGAAAGUUACCAACCUGAAGUGUUAUGUGGAUGCUUUAUCAUCUCUGAAAC